CGGGUUAAUAAUAAAGUUUGGACGUGUGCGGGUAUGUGUGUGGUGUAUGCUCUCAUUUGGGAAAGGUUAGUCAAGUGAGUGGCCCGUUCUGCACACACGCGUGCGAGUGAACGAGCACGCACGCGACCCGAGCGGGACGGGACGCUGAGAACCCGAUCGGCAAUAAGAGCGGCACCGUUGCGUUUUCGUGGAACGGAAGAGAGUGAUACUUCUCCGCUUAUGCUGCUUCCUCCAGGCACACCCGUCGCCGGCUACGACGGCGGCGACGCACGUGAGAAAAGUGCAAAAGAAAAAGAGCGUAAAAGAUAGGGAAAAACGAGCGAGAAAUAGCGCGCGCGCGCCCGCUCGGGAGACAAAAACUGCUCAUCAAAGGCUCAUCGUCGUCGGCGGCGGCGUUGCUGUUAUUGUAGCGUUAACGGAAGUGUUGCGUAGAAGAGUGCGGUCGAGCGCGAGAGGGGCAAACGAUGAUGUGUUGGCUGCUCCUUCUUCUUUGAGCGGCCAUCGUCGUCGUCGUCGGCGAUUGUGUGGCAUCAUGCACCGAAUCGCGCGCGCCUAGGGGGUAUUCCGCGUGAUAAACGGAUCAAAGUCUCGCAGUCUUGCAACAGAAACCGAACCGUUCGAACACGUGCAGACGGAGCUCUCGCGCGCCAAAUACGUGUGUGAGUGACCACCACCACCAUCAUCAUCAUCAUCAACGGCGGUAUAGCGGGGUGUGCAGCAGCAGCAGCAGCAGAGUCGUUGGCAAAAAAAGGAAGUGGCAGCCACAGUAACACAGAAGCGCGUGGUGGUGACAGCGUGCGCGCUUGCAAUUCGAGCAAAGGUUACUACGACGGUGGCGUGUGGUGAUUUAUUUGGUGCGCUCCGUGUGUGGUGCUCUCUGUGUUUGUUUUACGUUCGAUUGAGGAGGAGUUGCUGUGCUGGCAUCAAACGUACACAUCGCUCCCACUGUGAUAGACGGCAAGACGAGUGAUUCACGAGACGUGUGAGUGGGAAGGUGUUGUAAUAACUGUCCCCCACUUCCCCCACUUAACGGAGGCAGUUAAAUAGUGUGGUGCUUUUAAAACUAUCUUAUCUUCUGUACACGCACGGAAUAGAUAAUUGCACGAGUGCGAGAUAAGCUCGUGUGAUUCGGUUCAGAAGGAAGUUAAAGUAGGUGACUUCAUCAAUUUAUACACCUGCACGAGUUUGAACAAAACGUGUUCUGUUUUCCAAGUUUUAAAGUAUAUUUUUUUUGGAAUAUCCCGGAGUAUCAGAAGGAAGCGUUGCAGUGCGAGGGUGUGUGACGUGGUGUAUAAUCCGACAAUAAUAUCACCACCGCCGUUUUGUUCGAUUGGUUAGCAGAGUCAGACGUCGUUUUCUUCGUCGCCAUCAUCAUCGUCUGCUUGGAUCUGCUUAGUUGAUGAAUGUGACUUGUUGCGAGUGCGAGUGAGAAAGAGGGAUAGAGAAGGAGAGCGAGUGCGGAAAGGAAGAAGCGAGUGGAGUGGAAUCAAUCAACGGCGGCCGUAAAUGUGUGAAAGAGCGAGCAGCGAUCAGAUCUCCUCAUCCCACAGUGUCCGGUCAGCACAGGGGUUGGCGCGUGAAGUGUGAGUGCGCGCGGGAUAAUAUAGGGGUGAAUAAUAAUUACGCGCUUCUUGGGGCCCGUACUAUACGAGCACGCACACACAGCUGCUCCGAUUUUCGGUUUGUCCGGGGGGCGCACGGAAUCCAAGUGUGUGAGUGGUGUGGUGUAGUCGCAGCUUCACCUUCGGACGUGCGUGACGUGUCCAGAAAGAGUGCGUGCGACAGAGAGAGAGAGAGAGAGUGCGCGAGGCUCGGGCUGUGUGUGAUCGACACAGAUCGCAAAUGUCAUCUUUCUCGCCCGUUUGUGCGUCAUUCAGAUCAGAUUAUUAAAACGGGUUUGCCAGACCAACGACGACGACGACGGCGGCGGCGGCUGAUGGCGGAUUGUUAAUUGGUGCGCGUUAAUGUGUGUGCGUUCGUGUCAUCUCGGAUGAUCGAAGAUAUCCGCCCCGUGUGUGCCUGUGUGCGCCUUGGAAUGUGUAUAAACGGCUAAUUAAGCCGAUGGUGACCGUGUAGCUAUUUUAUAUUAAUUCUAAAUUCGGUGCCAACUUGCCUUUCUGCUUGUGGUGUGUUUCAUCGCGCGAUCAGUGUGCAUAAUCGUAGCGAGAGAGAGAGAGAGCGAGGCACAACACCGUUCACGAGUGAGUGUGUGUCAGAAAGUGGCCUUGACGGUUGUGUGUUACCCGGCCUGUAAUACAAUUCACCGAGAUAAAUGGUCGAUAGGUUGGAACAAAGUGGUGUGUGCGUACGUCCUUGAUACGAAAAAAAAAAUUACAACAGCGUUUUAAAGGCCACAGUGCGGAAUCGGAAAUAAGUGAUCGGAUCGAGCCAUCGGUUUGUGUGUGCGCGAUUUUUGUUCCCCCUUCUUGUGCUGACCAUAAUUUUUGCAUGUGCAUGUGUGGUGCAGCCCCGAUUAUCGACUGCGUAAUCAAUCCGAGUAGUAGUGCGCGUACGGCGGCCAUUCCUCUUUCUGUGGCGAACGGUGUGGAAAAGCCAGCAAAAUACGAACCAAGCAAGCACCGGCGUCGAUUGUGUCUCGGGCAGCGAGACACAGCGAGCAGCAGCUACAGCAGCAACAUCAUCACCACCACCAUCAUCAGCAUCAUCAACCAUCGCCACCGUCCUCCGCUUGCUGCAACACGGCCCCGGACGACGGUGACAGUGGCCCGAUAGCAGCGGCAACAAAGACGGCGUCCAAGUUCGAAACGAUGGCGGAAGCCCAGCGGCUGAUCGGGAUAUCGUUGGCGAAAAUCGCCCAAUCGCGGGUCUGCCGUGGUGGCGUUUCGCUCCACAAGAACCUGCUGGUGGCGACCGUGCUGCAAAAGGCGCGCUACAUCUUCAUGGAGGAAGCGUACCAUAUCGUGCACGGACACUAUUUGCAGCAGCAACAGCAGCAACAGCAACAACACCAACAUCAGCUGAUGCAGGAGCAGCAGAAUGCGGCCUAUCUGCUUGCAGGGCACUGUGACAGUUCGUCGGCUGACAGCUGCAAUGAUGACUGCACCGGCAACAAGUGCAGCAGUGAGAUGGAGGAGAAGCGGCAAAACAGCCAGCUGCCAACGAUAGGCGGCCCGGCUGCUGCUGCUGCCACCCAGGAAGAUGAAUUGGUUGAUCCGGUGGAGGAGGAAGAAGAAGAAGAAGACGAAACGUCGUCCACGGUUUCCGGUGCUGGUGCUGGUGCUGCUGCCGAAAGCUUAUCGUACGACAGCAGUGACAGCACCAUUCUGCCUACUACGAUCGGUGGUUUACCGCUCGAACCACUCAACAUGUGUCGCAAUAGUGGCGCGUGCACGACCCCGGAGGAAGAGGAAGAAGAAACGGGUGCCGUUGGGGAUGGUGAAGAUGGAAAAGAACAUGCCGCAGCUCACGACGUGUCCCAUCUGUUCCUACUGCCUGCCCUUGCACCGUGGAUAAGUGCAUCGGAGGAUAAAGAGAAUGCGGGUGGUGGAUCCUUUCCAUUCCUACCAUCCUCGUUCGACGGUCACGACGACGAGGAAGAAGAGGAAGACGAGGAAGAGGAGGACGAAGAGGAGGAGGAGGAAGAAGAAAACACUUGUCAGGAUCUGUCCUGUCACCAGCGCAAACCGGAAGUGGUAGAGCAAGAGCAAACGCCCGAGCUGGUGAAGCAAUUCGAGUCGGCCGUCCGGUCGAAGGGUGCUAUGCGUUACUUUGAUCUUGACGAUCGGCGUACGUCGGUCGGCCGGCCCGAUCGAAGACGCAGAAGGCAUCGCACGGAAGGUGACCACCACCACCAGCCCCACCAGUCAACUCCUGCGAAACGUCGUCGAUCGUCCACGACCGAGUCUUCGGCGAACGAUAUGCCGCCGCCGGUGGAAGAUGAUCGGAUACUUCCGAUCGCACUACUCUCGGCCAAACGGCUCAAGACGUGCGAUGCGCCGCGUACCACCACUCCCCUUACACCGGCCAUAUGCAACGGUAGUCCCGGUCAGCCCCAGUUCUACUCGUCUCCGCACGAAACCAUCUGCCCGGGCGAUGCGGAAACGUUGUCCGCGUGUGUGAACCAACAGCUGGAAGCGGAAAACCUUACCACCACUAGCGGUAACCAUCCUUUCCUGCCCAGUGCCGACCAGCCGGAACAGCAACAGCCCGCAGAAGAAUCUUCCGACGUGGAUGCACCGCCGACCCCCUCGGUCGAAAGUAUCGAUCGGAUAACGUCGCUCGUGUCGAUCUUUAGCUUCGGCAAUCUGUCCCGGUCCGUGUCAACGCCCGACUUUUGUGCAGCCCAAGCACAGAAGGAUAGUCGGCCCGAUGCGGGCGGUUCGCUGUUAACUAGCCAGCUGCAGCAUCACGGCCAGCGUGGCUACCUAACGAUGACCGUAUAACUAAUGUUGCGGCAGGCCCUCGAUUACGGUGGCGGUUGGAAUUACUUCGAGUACUAGGCGGGCGGGCCAAAACCCCGGCACAAAUGGACGUGAUAGUAGGAUGUAAAACGUAACGUGAGAUGUUAAGAGGGGGAGCUGGGGGUCGUCAUAUAAGUAGUAGUCGAAUUCGCAAUUGUGCGCAAUGCCCCGUGGUGGGGUGGAGGCGCGCACGGGUAGAGUGCCUCUUAAUCAUAGUAGUAUUAGUAGUAACAAACACACACACACACAUACAUACAAACAGAAAGCCUCCCAUUUAUGCUCCACAAUAUCUCUUCAGGCAUAAACUCUAAAUAGUCUCCCUAGGGUGGUGGUGGUGGUAAGCAAAAUAAGGUUAACCACGGUGGGAAAACAGCCACUGACCGCGCGCGGCAGGCAGAAGAGUUCGGGUAGAGUUAGCGCUCGAAAAUCACCUUAUCCGCUAUUUCCUCUUUUGACCCUUUUUUCCAUGCCUACCGAGGGGUUGCUAUGUCGAGGGGGUGGUGGGGUGACGGAGUCGGUUCAAACAACUACCAGCCACCACCCGGUGGCAAAACGGUACUUUGCAUCGAAACAUCACGAUCAUUAGCGAAUCGAACGGUCGGUCGGUUGGACUUGCUCUCGAUCCGGCGAUGAUGGGGCCGGUAUGCAUGUGGUGAAUGUCCGGGUGAUUGUCCAUAGGUGCAGAAGAAGAAGAAGAAGGGAUGAGGGUUAUUUCCUUUACCCCACUGGGAACUAAAAACCCGCUACUAAACCGAUGACGGCGACGAUGGCGCUGGUCGAGGAUGUGCGUAGAAACGAAUGGAACAAUAACGCGCGGUGCGCGUGCAAGAGAUGCGAAGCAUCACGUAAAAGCGCAGCCAGGAAGAAAUGAAUAAGUAGCUAGAAGAGAAGGAAUAGGAAAAUAACAAAGUUUGAAAAGCUAUGCUGAGAUGUGAGACAGAUAGAUAGAUAGAGUUGGGAAAGAGAGCGAGCGACCGACCGAGAGCAGCAUAAAGCAACAAUCUCCCCGUUGUCGUCUGGUGGUGGGCUUCUCUUGAGGGGAUGGUGUCUUGAGCGACACGGCAAGGGAAGGCAAAAGGUGCCCAUUAUCAAUCGGAGGCAUCUUCCGUUCCCUUUUCUGCGUCACACCACCCUGCCCUCCACCCCCUCCCUCCCCAGGAACCAUCUCGACCUCCCGCAGUAGCAUAACGGCUACGGAAAACACAAGCCAGCGCACUCUUCGCCAAAGGUGGCGCAAAAGUCCAGCGCAAGAAAAAAAAGGUAGCUAGACGUGGCGAGAAGAAGAAUGUGUGUGCGCGCGAUGUGCUUUUUAAGGGGUGCUAAUGUUGGUAUGCACUCAUACAUCAACAGUGCGCCCAUUAAAGAAAGAGGAAGGGUUUCGUUAGCUCUGCUUACUUGCUUCCAAAUCGAAACUGGCCGUGCAAAACGGAUUUUCACUAAAAUCUAAGGCCUCGCCGCCUAGGUCGCAGCUUCUCUUUCGCACACUCUCACGCAUCCCACCCCACAGCGACACGGUUUAGGGGGUAGGGUGGUAUACAUAUUGCUCCGAUGCAAUAGUGCAUUUUCUCUUCCACACACACACACGCUCACAGACACAUGUGUAUAAGGAGGGGGGGGGGGGGGGGGGGGAGAUGAAUGUUAAUGCUUUUUGUUAUGCGACGAAAAUGGACACUGCUUUGGAAGCGUCGGUGAAGCAGACGGCAACAUGAUGGGAAGAUAAAAUUUGCAUCUAAAGGGAAGGGUGGUCGGGUGGGGGAGGUUUUGCUUCUUCACGAUUUGCCUUCACGCCGUCGUUUGGGAGAUGAAAGUUGAUUUCUGCUGCUGCUGCUACUACUACGAUCUCUUCCAAUAUGCCUAUCUCACCUUCACCAACCGUCGUCAUGUGUUGUGCGCGCUCAUCAAUCGGGAAAGUCCGAUAUGCAGACAAGCAGCAGACGAGCCAGCACCGCACCAUAGCAUACUUUGAUGCCUUGUUGUUUUGCUUCUGCUGUGUUUGCUUACUUGAAGCCUGUCUUGGUCGCGAUGAUGAUCAAUCGAUUCCCCGUGCUUAGCGAAAACCCGCAAACGGAUGGACGAAGGUUUUUUGAAAGUUGUGUUUCCGUUCGCGGGAAAAUAGGUGUGAUGAUCGUUGCUGUGUGUGAUGGUGGUAUGGUCACACAUAGAGAAAAAGAUUAGCUUUCGCAAAACAAAUCAUUCAAAUGGGGGGGGGGGUAAACUUGUUCCGUGACGCGCGAAGAAAAAAUGAAAGGGCGAUUGCGCGCGUAUUGUACGUGUGUGAUGCUUCGGAUUUUUAUUGUUUAUGAAAGUAUUACUGAUAAGGGAGAAACAUCAUCCAAACGGUGGCAGGGAUGGCGCAGAAAAAUUCCUCAAUCUGCAAUCAACGAGGGUUUUUCAAAGUGAAUUUUGAAAUACUUUUUUGUUGCAGGAGAAGAACGAUUUCCUUCUUAAAUUGUCGUCUCUUUUUAGUAUCCUUGGGUUAAAAAUUGUUAUUGAAAAUUUUUACAAUGUUAUUUAAGGUAAUUCCUUUUAAUUUAUUCUCCCCUUUAUUUAAAGCUUUAAAUUAAUAAAAACAUUUUUCAAAUAGUACGAUAAAACCAAUUUCAAAUCUCAAUAUACAAACCGUUUGGUUUGGCACACCAUCGCGCGAACCAUCAUUAGGCGCGAGAAGCAAUAAUUGAAAGCAAUCAUUCGAAGGUGAUCGUAUAACCUCUCACCAUCGCGCACCGGAUUCGUGGCCCUCCCACCCCCCCUCCCCCUCCCAGGUUCAAUGAACUUUAAGGCCUCUCCGUUUUGCUUGAUGCGGUGGGGGGUGGUUUCCAUCACUCUUUUUUGGGGUAUUGCAUUCACACAUUCGACGAUCGAUGGAGAGAUGAGUUUUUCUUUCCAAAAGAUCGUGUCAUUUUUGUUGGCUGAAUGGGAUGAUGUGAUACGACCAAUUCGCCAUUUUGGGGGUGGUGGGAAUUAUGUGCGAUCGGUGGAAAGUGAAAGUUUACAUAAAUGCUGGCCCACCAAAGCCCCACCGUAAUUUCAUACACUCCAUUUGCUAACACCACCCACUCACCCCUUGGGAUGGAAACUCCAUAAGACACUUGCUCUUUUUUGUUGUUAUUGAAGCGCAACCGGAGAAGGGACUUUAAUGGAUUGGAUUUUUGUGUGUGUCUGCAUGUAAAGGGAUAUGAUUCCGCGUAGCAGCAGCAGCACAUGAUUCGUCGAGUGGUUUGAUUUAUUCGCACGCGAUCGAUCGAUCGUACGUUCGUUUUUGGAUGUGGAUCGGGGAGGCUCCUCGCGUGCACACCGCCAGUGGGACACCAUGUGACGGACAAUCAUCAUCGGCCGUCCCGGGAUUAGUUAGUUUGGCCCGGUUUUCUUCGUGGUAUCACUCGCCCAACACUCACCGACCGACUCUAUCGUCCUACCGAUUGCGCAACAUGCGCCUCGGGUAACAGUUUCUCACGAGAGCCUCGUCGCGGCUGUUGCUGGUUUUGUGUGUAAUGUGUUCCGCGUUUUGUUGCGCGUUGUAUGAUAGGCAGCCGCUACACUACCCCUCCUACUCUCUGCCAGCAACAUGCCACUUAACCUAACAAGCCCAUACCGCGCCGUGCCGUUUGGUGCUGUUGCUGCCGCCUUUUUUCUUCCUCUAGUUUUGGUUUAUGCAACUCAUCAUAAAAACCCGAAGCCGCAGCGCGCUUGCUGCGCUACUCCUCAUAAUUAACGUGUAAUCGUCGUCCGGCAUUAGAAAGAGAGAUGUAACGUGCUGGUGGAAGGGUUGUUUUUCGGGAGGCGUUAGAGCAAGUAGCAGAAAAGCUGAACCAAACAAAACAUCGCUCCAUAACGUUGGAUUGGGCAGGUUUUAGAGUCAGGGAAAGGCAUGCAAGGGAAAGUACCAAAUGAAAUAACCGCCACGGCGCAGGCGAAAGAGUUGGAGAAGAGGAGCGCGGAACAGGGAGCGCGGAACAGGGAGCGCGGAACAGGGAGCGCGGAACAGGGAGCGCGGUUCUGUUAUAAUUGUUAAAGAACAGUAAAAAAAAAUUUACCCAUCCUGGUUGGGAGCAAAGCAACAAGAUUUCAAAGCAAGGAUUUGAUCUAUUUCGUUUCAAUUUCGUUAUCGCUAUUAAAUAGAGGAGGGUUCUUUUUGUAUAGGCGGGUGGGAUUGUAUUAUACGAAUAAAUAUGAAUGCAAUAAGCAAUUGCUAUUGCUGCGUAAGAGAAGGUUAAAAGUUUUCACGCUCCAUAUUGAUUUAAGGGUGAGUUUAGUUGAGCUGACUCUGUUCUAGGAGUUGUAUUUAUAUUUAUCUGUGUUUUGUUAUUGGUUUAAAGGGCGUAAGAGGGAGAAUGAAGUACCAGGAGUGGAGGAGAAAGAUUAUAAAAAACAAAUACAAAAAAAAAAAACAAAAAAACUUUCCCAAAAAAACCUAACAAAACGCACACACCAUAUUCGUGUUUCGGAUGAAACAAUUUAAAAUUGAUCCACGAAGAGGAGAAGAGUGUUGUACUAGUGGAGGGAGGGGAACAAAAACAGGUGACGAAACUCUACUAAAGAGCAGCGGACGGUAAAUAGUUGCGAAAAAAAGAUAAUUGGGGUUUAAGCGUAACAGAUGGUGUAAGUUUAACUUUAAUUAAAAAAAAAACAUAAAGCUAUACGAAUUAUAUAUAAACAUAUAUACAUACCUAGACAUUUAACACGCGCCACACGAGUGUAGGAUAAGAAAAUUAUACAUUCAAAAUAGCGGUGGAAAAUGGCGACAAAAGAACCAUUUAUUGCACAACAUAUUCUCUAGGCCAGCCAGCGUUAGGGAUGAUAAAAUUCAAGGCGAUGCGUUUUCCCCCCCAUUUCCAAUCAUCGCCAAUAUCAGUAGAAGUCAGAUGAAGGCGGUGUAAGUUUAAGAUCAGGCAAGGGUGCUAAUGAUGGAGAAGGAGAAGCAUUACUGUAAAAAAAAACAAACCGAACCGUUAUUGCUAUUGUUUUUCUUUUUAUAAAAAAGGUAUAUCUAUUAUUAUGCUAUCAUUCUUCCUAUUAUUUUAUGUUCAAACGAUGACUAUGAUGCGGAUGAUUAUGAAUAGUAUAUAUUCCUUGUACAUAUUAAUCGCUCGCUGCACGUGGUAGGACAGACAAAACCGAAACCAACACACACAACAGCAACACAAACCUAUUAACUAGUACGGUAUUUGUACACGAUGCCAAUUAAGAAGGUACGAAAGAAUGUUUUAAUAUAUUUGCAAAAUGGCAACCGAAUUGCUGCUAAUCGA